AACGCUCUACAGGCGAGCAGACAUCCGUGCCUAGUCUAAGCGCGGUGGUAGAACCGGGAGGUUCUCCAGUGCUGUAUCACGCUCUGCCUUUGAAGACCACAGGUCAUGGUUCACAAAUAUGAGUUUAACUGAAGACAGUACGAUGGCAUCCUCACCCCGUGAACUAACUCAGAACCCGCUGAAAAAAAUCUGGAUGCCAUGCAAAAAUGGUCUUCCAGAAAAAAACAUUUGCCAAAGGAAGGUGGGCAUGACUAACUGCCCCACCCUAAUAGUCACGGUGGGCCUCCCGGCCAGAGGGAAGACCUACAUCUCCAAGAAGCUGACUCGCUACCUCAACUGGAUCGGCGUCCACACCAAAGAGUUCAACGUUGGGCAGUACAGAAGAAAAUGUAUGAAGAGCUACAAGUCCUUUGAGUUUUUCCGUCCCGACAAUGAGGAGGGCUUAAAGAUUAGGCAGCAGUGUGCGUUGGCAGCACUUGCCGAUGUCCAGCGGUACCUGACAGAGGAGGGAGGACAGGUGGCGGUGUUUGAUGCCACCAAUACAACGAGGGAGAGAAGAGAGACCAUCCUGAGGUUUGCAGAACAGAAUGGCUAUAAGGUCUUCUUUGUGGAGUCUUUAUGUGAAGACCCUGAUGUUAUUGCAGGAAACAUAGUGCAAGUUAAACUAUGCAGUCCAGACUAUGUGGACUGCAACACGGAGGAAGCAAUAGAUGACUUCAUGAAGAGAAUAAAGUGUUAUGAGAACUCAUACCAGCCUUUGGAUGAGGUUCUUGACCGGGAACUGUCAUUCAUCAAAAUCAUGGACGUUGGCCGGAGAUACCUGGUAAACAGAGUCCUUGACCACAUUCAGAGCCGCAUCGUCUAUUACCUCAUGAACAUCCACAUCACACCGCGCUCCAUCUACCUGUGUCGACAUGGGGAGAGUGAACUCAAUCUCAAGGGUCGCAUUGGGGGAGACUCUGGCCUGUCUGUACGGGGGAAGGAGUUUGCGAAGUGCCUGGGUAGGUUUAUCCAGGAGCAGAACAUCAGCGACUUGAAGGUGUGGACCAGUCAGAUGAAGCGGACAAUCCAGACAGCAGAAGCACUCGGCCUGCCUUACGAACAGUGGAAAGCGCUAAAUGAGAUUGACGCGGGUGUGUGUGAAGAGAUGAUGUAUGAGGAGAUCCAGGAAUCUUACCCUUCGGAGUUCGCCUUGCGGGACCAGGACAAAUACCGCUAUCGCUACCCCAAGGGGGAGUCAUAUGAGGACCUGGUGCAGCGACUGGAGCCUGUGAUCAUGGAGCUGGAGAGGCAGGAGAACGUGUUGGUCAUCUGUCACCAGGCAGUCAUGCGCUGCCUCUUGGCUUAUUUCCUGGAUAGGUCUGCAGAGGAGUUGCCUUACCUUAAGUGUCCUUUGCACACCAUACUGAAACUUACCCCUGUGGCUUAUGGCUGUAAGGUGGAAUCUAUCUCCCUGAAUGUGGAGGCAGUGAACACGCACAGGGACAGACCAGAGAAUGUAAACAUUUCACGGAUGGCUGAGGAGGCUCUGCUCACGGUUCCUGCUCACCAAUGCUGUUAAUCAUGUUGUGUUCUCAUGUGUUUUUAAAUUGUAUGCAAUUUAGGAUUAGGGUUGGCGCAGUUCCAUUUAACAGCUCGAGACUGCUGUCUAAGAGAAAUGAAAAUGUCUAUGGAAGUCUUGUACAUUUGUCUUUUCAGUUAUUCUUUGCCUUGACACAUUAUGCUUGUCCUAACCUCAUUCUUUCUUUCGUUCAUUCAUUGCAGAUGUUAAAUUUAAGAACUGUUGGUUUUCUGAGUCUAAACUGUACAUGUUGUAAUUUUUUUUUAUUUUGCAUGUAAAAAAUGACAAGACUUCCAGUCUGUUUUUGUUAUUGAUCAGGAAACACUAACUCUUUCGUUACAAUCAUUCUUGUGUUGUGAAUCGGUCCUUCUGACAUUUGAAAAAUGCAAUAUUUGUUCUGUUCUGUUUUGUUUAAAAGCAGAAAUGUUGUCAUGUUAUAGUAAGGAAGGCACUUCAUACGUGAAGGAUUCUUUUGAAGUUUAAUGUUGGCAAGUCUCAUAUUUUCAGCCGAAAUGUCCUGCUAAAUGGGUGCUCAGACGCAACUGUGAAGCUUGUGCAUUAUCUUGAUGUACAGAAACAUGUAGGAUGUUUGUCCUGUGUCUUGUGUGUCUUUAUCCGCCACUUGUUUUUAUUUCCACCCAGGUUUUGUCAGUGCUACAUUGCCACAGUUUCAGUGUUGUAUUGGCUGGGUACUAGUUUAACUUCGUCCACAUUCCUGUGACCUCAAGCCUUUAACAACAUUACCUUGACAUAGUGCCUGGAUCCAUUAGUAAGGAUUAAUAUUAACUGGAAAGACAGUCCCUACAAAUGCACAUUAAAAUACAAACGUGUGUGAGUGUGAUAUUAAGCUACAAUAACAUUCUGAUAUUUAGCUGGAUUGCGUAUCAGAGUUCCAUUUUCACAGAAAUAGUUGAUAUAUUAAGCAGUAUUUCAGUGCUCCGUGUUUAACACUCAUGUUUUGACUAAGUAAAACAUAUUUUAAACAUGGGCUCUAAUUUUUCACAAGGAACCCUUUGCAAAUGGGGAAAAAUGCUAAGUAUUGUAGCAGGUAUGUUAUUGGGACCAGGUGAAUAGCUGUGUAGAUGAGCAGUUAAAAGUAUAUCUGUAUACAAACUUCCAGAUGCAGAUUAAGAAUUAUGGUGGUGAUUUGAUAUCGGUGACUCCUAGCAGUGGCCAAAGGCUUCAGGGUCUGACCCCUGCCUGCCCCCCUCCCUUUUCUAGGCCGUGGACUCGGUCCAGCACUUUAUUUAUCUGACAUCAGGUUGCAGUGGUCAGCAGUGGUUUACAAUCUCAGAACACGCACCUACCUAAGGAUUCCAAAACUUUUUUUUUUUGUAAACGACUGAUGAAUGGAUUUUUUUUUUUUUUUCCAACUGGGAUAGAUGUGAUUACUGCUUUAAGUUAAUUUAUAUAUAGAUGUCUUAUUACAAAUUCUGAUCUCAAGAUAUUGUAUUAAUUUGAUUUGUAAUGUUUUGCUUUAAAUUUAAAGAGGAGAAAAAGAAAUAAAUCCAUGAGCUGUU